AUGCGUGUGGAUGUGGGGGGGGAGGUCGACGCGUGUUCUGUGGCUGUAAGUGAAAGCGGACCGGGGAUGGACAUGAGGGCCGGCGUGACGCUCUGCGGUCUAUGCGGGCUUUUCUGCAUGGUCCUACUACUGCUGCUUUCGCCAACGCGGGCUUCGCAGAGCGCCAGCGAGCCUAGUAACAUGUCGUAUGUGAAAGCCACGGUAGACAAGCUGUUGAAGGGAUAUGACAUCCGCCUGAGGCCUGAUUUUGGAGGCGCACCAGUGGACGUUGGCAUGAGCAUUGACAUCGCCAGCAUUGACAUGGUCUCUGAAGUCAACAUGGACUACACCAUCACCAUGUACUUCCAGCAGUCCUGGAGGGACAAGCGCCUGUCCUACACAGGCAUCCCCCUCAACCUGACGCUGGACAACCGUGUGGCCGACCAGCUGUGGGUCCCAGACACCUACUUCAUCAACGACAAGAAGUCUUUUGUGCACGGAGUCACCGUGAAGAACCGUAUGAUCCGGCUGCACCCCGACGGGACGGUCCUCUACGGCCUCAGGAUCACCACCACCGCCGCCUGCAUGAUGGACCUGCGCCGCUAUCCUCUGGACGAGCAGAACUGCACCCUGGAGAUAGAGAGCUACGGCUACACCACAGACGACAUCGAGUUCUACUGGCAGGGAGGCCCCAACUCCGGCUCUGUGACCGGAGUGGAGAACAUAGAGCUGCCUCAGUUCUCCAUCAUGGACUACCAGACCCUGUCCACCAAAGCCGUGUUCGCCACAGGUUCGUACCCCAGGCUGUCCUUGAGUUUUAAGCUGAAGAGGAACAUCGGUUACUUCAUCCUGCAGACCUACAUGCCCUCCACCCUGAUCACCAUCCUGUCCUGGGUCUCCUUUUGGAUCAACUACGAUGCGUCGGCUGCCAGAGUUGCAUUAGGAAUCACCACGGUGCUGACCAUGACCACCAUCAACACUCAUCUGCGGGAGACCCUUCCAAAGAUCCCCUACGUGAAGGCCAUCGACAUCUUCCUGAUGGGCUGCUUCGUGUUCGUGUUCCUGGCGCUCCUAGAGUACGCCUUUGUCAACUACAUCUUCUUCGGCCGCGGUCCUCACCUGCAGAAGAAAGUGGCCGAGAAGGCGGCAAAGUCCAACAACGAGAGAGGCCGCAUGGAGAGCAACAAGGUCCAGGUGGACGCACACGGGAACAUCCUGCUGACCAGCCUGACCGGGGAGAUGGGCGGCGCCGACAUCAUGGGCGCUCUGACGGACCCGCGCGCCACCAUGUUCUCCUACGACAGCGCCAGCAUCCAGUACCGCAAGCCCAUGACGAGCCGAGACCUGUACGGCCGCCCCGCCAUCGAGCGCCCCCUCAGCCACAAAAAGGGACGCCUGAGGAGGAGGGCGUCCCAGCUCAAGGUCAAGAUCCCGGACCUCACCGACGUCAACGCCAUAGACAAGUGGUCCCGCGUGGUCUUCCCCAUCACCUUCACUCUCUUCAACCUGGUCUACUGGCUCUAUUAUGUGAACUAA